AUGUGUAAAGCGGAGAAGUCUCUAUACCACAGGAAACUCUGGGAGAUGAAGGUUAAGUUUCUAGGAGAUAGUAGUAAGAUAGAGAAGUUCAAGAACUCUUUGGUUUCCAGGUCUCGUAUGAGCCUAUGGAUGAUUCGUGCUAUGACUAUACUGUUGCUUUGGAGUUGUUUUGUUCAUUUGGUUGCUUUGGGAGAGAUGUGGGGACCUAGAUUGUUGAAAGGCUGGCCUUCUUGUUUCAAUCACCAUGAUAUCCCAAUGGCUACUGCUGAGAUGACUUCUCUUCCCAUCAAAAUCGCCCUUCCUCCUAAAAGGAUAUAUCAGAACAAUGGCUAUCUUAUGGUUUCUUGCAAUGGGGGACUUAACCAAAUGCGAGCAGCGAUAUGUGAUAUGGUCACUAUUGCAAGAUACAUGAAUGUCACACUUAUUGUGCCUGAGCUUGACAAGACCUCGUUUUGGAAUGAUCCAAGUGAGUUCAAAGACAUAUUCGACGUGGAUCACUUCAUAAGUUCUUUAAGAGAUGAGGUUCGUAUACUCAAAGAGCUUCCUCCUAGGCUUAAAAGAAGGGUUAGGCUUGGGAUGUAUCACACCAUGCCUCCUAUUAGCUGGUCCAACAUGUCCUACUACCAAGACCAGAUUCUUCCACUAUUGAAGAAGCACAAGGUUGUACAUCUGCACAAGACCGAUACACGACUUGCUAAUAACGAACUGCCUGUUGAGAUUCAGAAGCUGCGAUGCCGAGCAAAUUUCAACGGGCUUAGGUUCACUCCAAAGAUUGAGGAAUUGGGUAGAAGAGUAGUCAAGAUUCUGAGGGAGAAAGGUCCCUUUCUUGUUCUGCAUCUCAGAUAUGAAAUGGAUAUGUUGGCAUUUUCUGGUUGUUCACAUGGUUGCAACCGCUAUGAAGAAGAAGAACUAACAAGAAUGAGGUAUGCUUAUCCAUGGUGGAAAGAAAAAGUAAUAGACUCCGAGUUGAAGAGGAAAGAAGGUCUUUGCCCAUUGACUCCAGAAGAAACUGCUCUUACUCUAUCAGCUUUGGGUAUUGACCGUAAUGUUCAGAUUUACAUUGCUGCCGGAGAAAUAUAUGGUGGUAAAAGGCGGUUAAAGGCUUUGACUGACGUUUUUCCAAAUGUGGUCAAGAAAGAAACUCUACUCGAUUCCUCUGAUUUGAGUUUUUGUCAGAACCAUUCUUCUCAAAUGGCUGCUCUUGAUUACCUUAUCUCUCUCGAAAGUGAUAUAUUCGUUCCUACAUAUUAUGGGAACAUGGCGAAAGUUGUGGAAGGUCAUCGCAGGUUCUUGGGUUUCAAGAAGACGAUUGAGCUAAACCGUAAGUUCUUGGUUAAGCUAAUAGAUGAAUACUAUGAAGGGUUGUUGAGCUGGGAAGUGUUUUCAUCCACGGUUAAGGCCUUUCACGCUACACGAAUGGGAGGGCCAAAGAGACGGCUAGUGAUCCCAAAUAGACCGAAAGAAGAAGACUACUUCUAUGCCAAUCCAUAUGAAUGUCUUCAGCUAUUACAUGAGAAUAAUGGCAAUUCACUAGAAGAAAUCAUAUGAUCAGAUCCACCAUUGUUUGUCUUUGUGGAUGGAGGAGAUCUUUGGGUUAAUUUAGCUUGAGCAAGGUGACGCAGGACAUGGAUGGAUGAAUGAUAGAGUUAUAUAUACCAGUCUUGAAGGUGAGGUUCCUUAAACAGAUGAGAAGUUAUUUAGGGUUCUUUGGUGUACAGAGAUUUCCAUGCAUGAAUGCAGAAGAAAAGUUGAAGCUUUCAUUGUUAAGUUGGCAAAUAUGACCUUUGGCACACCAUAUAUCCAUCAUCCAUGGCCUUGCAGUUUUGGUAGCUCUAAAAUAAAAUUAAAAGCAGUGUAAAAUUAUGUUACACAUUAUUAUUA